GACAGGGAGACGGCGCGGCGAGAGAGUCGCCAUUUUUCGAAACCCGCGCCUGUUUCACGCACGUCCCAGGUCCCGCCCAACUGUUUUGCUGUGCCUUCAUUGGACAAUAUUCCUGUAAGACACGCCCACAAUACCCAGUGUCUGCCUAUUAGGUUUGCGGAGUAGCUGUCUUCAGCCAGUCAUGCUACUGGCCCUCAUAGGAAACCCCACUCUCGAGGCAGUUCAACCAAUGGGCGUACAGCAUUCGUCAUUUAAACUGAGUAUAAAAGUCUGCUUGUCAACGUAUUGGGUGGCGCCAGUUUUGAACCGUGCUGUUUUGAGUCGUGUGGCUGUUUUUCUGGGUAUCACCGUGAUUGCAGAACGUGAUGACCGUCCCCUCUGCAGAGGAGCUGGACUCCUUCAAGUACAGCGACCUGCAAAAUUUAGCCAAAAGACUGGGCCUCCGGGCUAACCUGAGGGCAGACAAGUUGUUAAGAGCCUUGAAAGCACACCUGAAUCCAGAAACAAGAAGAGAAAAUAAAAAUCAGGAUGAAAAUCAGUCUUCCGCAUUCUCCUGUGACGAGACUGAGACACAAGUUGUCAGUGAGGAGCAGGCUGAGACGGGAUCAGGUAGUCACGUCACCAAAACCAGGAGGAGGAAGUGCAGGACCAUCCAUGGAAUCCCCACCUCCCAGAAUCAUAUGGAGAUGAAAGGAAGAGACAGCACCACAUUCCAAAAUCAGGAAAAUCAGGAAAAUCAAGACCUCAGAGCUACUGAAAAGGUUCCUUCUCUGCCAGAGCAAAGGCCAGAAGAUGGGAAUGCAGCUUCCUCAGAAGAAGGAAAAAUAAACGACAAAAAGAGGCCUUUGGAAAAAAGAUCUCUAUGCACGGAUGGGUUUUCUAAACUUGGGAACAGUAAAAGAAUUUCAGCCACUACACCAAACUUUAAGAGGCUUCAUGAGGCUCAUUUUAAGAAAAUGGAAUCCAUUGAUGAAUAUAUGGUGAGAAAAAAGAAACACUUUAAAGAGCACGAUUCACUUAAAGAACUAAAGCAGCUUGACAAAAAAGUGACCCCAGUUCCACCAAGAGGGAGACUCUCUGUACUCUGCACUCCUGCGAGGCAGCGGUGCUCACAGGGCCACUCAGCAACUAAAAUGAAUGUCAGGUUCUCAGCUGCUACUAAAGAUAAUGAACAUAAGUGCUCGCUGACCAAGACACCAGCCAGAAAGUCCCCACAUGUGACUGCACCUGGGAGUGCUUCAAAGGGCCAGGCUGUGCUCAAGACACCAAAGUUAAAGACCACUGAGAGGAAUUCCACUGCAGUUAUUACUCCAUUCAAGUUGAUGACUGAAGCAGCACAGACUCCAGGUUCUAGUAAGAAACCGAUAUUUGAUCUCAAAGCAAGCUUGUCUCGUCCCCUCAACUACAAGCCACACAAAGGGAAGCUGAAACCUUGGGGCCAAGCUAAAGAGAAUAAUUCUCUGACUGAAUGUGUGAGCAGAGUUACCCUGCACAGGAAAACGUACAAACAACCUCCUCUCCAGACCAGGGAAGAACAACGGAAGAGACAUGUGCAAGAACGGAAGGAGAGAAAAGAAAAGCUUUUGGAAGCUCGAAGAAACUUGGGUGUGACUAAAGCCCAGUGACCCUGCUGUCCCUUUCCUCCUAACUCAUUCUCCUUUGUAUGUUUUUAUACUUUCUCUUCUUCAAUCAAAAGCUCUUUUCUGUCAUAACUUGUAUAGUGCCUCCUCUGUGCUAUAUCUGAGAAUACAUUAUCACCUUAAAAUCCAUAACUGAAGUGACUUUCACUUAAUGUCCUGUACAACUCCAACUUUUAAAGACCUGUCCUUGUGAUCUUAAGAGCUUUUCAUGUCAAGGCCCUGCUAGUCCCGAUGGCGAUGACCUGCACCCUUUUCUGCACAAGAGUCCCCUGAGCGGCAAGCUGAGGCAGAAGCUCAGCGUGAGAGAGUAAGAUGACGCUCCCAGGAGAGGGAGGCUGGGAGGCCACAUUUUUGUUCAGUAGCCUGGAAAAUCUAUUAGUCUUAUUGAAAUCAUAUAUUUUAUUUUGAUAGGUAAAAAGUUUUAGCUUAUAAGAGCCUUGUUCCGACAUUUCAGGUAUUUGCCAACUGUCACUCAUUAUAAUCCUAAACUAGAAAACCUCUACGCUCUCUUAAAUAGAAGCCACAGGGCAAAGGGUGUGCCUCAGUUGUAUAGCACUCGGCUAUCACACACCUGCCCCUGAAUUUGACUCCUGGUCCCACCAAAAACAAAACUGAGAAUGGCUGCCAUAAGAAAACCUCCUUGGCAGACUUAGAUCUCACAGUAGGAGAGGGAGCUGACCUUCUGACCUUGCUCGGCCCUGUAGAGACUCUGAGUUGUGUGUAAUGAUUACAAUGUUCAUAAAUAAAAAUUUUCACUGUGAUA